AAGAAGCGUGAAGGCGUUCCAGGCGAUCGCGCGCGCGCUUUGCUGCCAUUGCUUCCGUUGUUCAGCGUGCGCUUUUAGAGCUUGUCUUUCGCACCCGGAAGAGAACCUGUGUGCCUGUUGAAGGUCCGAUGGCGUCAUUGGACUCGUGUGAUCAGCCCCCGGCCAAAGCUGUGAAGAAGAAAAGUGGGCGGAGGUACUGCUCUGUAAAAGACUGUCACAGUCGUGAAGGGACGCCAGGCGUAAGGCUGUACAGCUUUCCGUCGCAGCCUUGGGAGAAGACGCGAAGGCAAAAAUGGAUUAUCGCUGUGCGACGAGUCAAUUUUGGAGACUCCUCAGAUUGGCAGCCUAAUCGGGAUUCUAGGGUGUGCUCCAAACAUUUCGUGAAUGGCGAGAAGAGCACAAUUGAAAGCCACCCAGGCUAUGUACCUACAAUUUUUCCAGUAGUGUACAAGAAGAGGUCCACUUCACCUACUACUAAGCUGACUAGAUUUAGUAGGUGGAAGCAGCGGCAUUCUAGAUCGUCUGCUCCUUCUGCUGCCCCUUCAUCACCUGCUACUCCUGCGUCAGCCGCUGUCUCUGGAUCAGCUCCUCCCCACACAGCCGAGACAGUAGGAACCAGUGGUACCAGUGGCCUUGCGACAGCCGACCUAGCAACUGAUACAAACCUGUUGUACGAGGGGAGCUCGUCAGAUGACUUAGGUCUACUGGCCACUGUUGCUGCUGAGCAUUGCACUGCAGUAAAAUCCAUGGAAACACAGACUGAAGGGACAAGCACGUCAAGCAAGAAUUUCAUGGUGUUCAUGUGUCUCAUCAAUGAAUCAGGGGCAUCAACUCAAGUGAAACAUCUUGAGACAUGCGACAGCAGUGUGCAACACAAGCCAGAGGUCUGUAGCAGGCACAGUGGCUCUGACUACAGAACCAGCUACUUCUCUGGCUAUGACAGCGUCGCUAAAUCCACAAACGCAUUGCAAGACCUAUGCAAUGUAAGCAAAGUAGUGUUUGCAAUGCUUCUGAGCAUACUUCCGCCUUCAUCAGAGCGAAAAUGUGAUGUCACUGCUGAAAAUAGGCUUCUCUUAUUUCUUAUGAAGUUAAAGCUGGGAAUCAGCUACUCAUCACUGGCUAUUCUUUUCUCUGUAAGCGAAACGUCAGCAUCACGGCAUUUCAAGAGUGUUCUAAAGACACUCGCUGUGGCAACCAAACAAUGGAUUUUUCGUCCCCCAUCAAGAGUGAUUGAGGCCACGAUGCCUGACAGUUUUAAGCUGCAUUAUCCUGGCUGUACUAUGAUUAUUGAUUGCACUGAAAUACGUACAGAGCAGCCACCAACUGUGCAACAAGAACGAGUCUUGUACUCGAAUUACAAAGGGUCAUAUACACUGAAGUUUUUAGUGGCUGUAACACCAGGAGGGAUGAUCUGCUUUUGUUCAAAAGCCUAUGGUGGUAGACUGUCCGAUGCCCACGUUACAGUCGAUUCUGGGUUCCUAGACCUUGUUCAACCAGGGGAUACCAUUCUUGCCGAUAAGGGAUUCCCAGGCAUCCAAACAGUUCUAGGAAACCAGAAUGCUGUCCUAGUUAUGCCUCCAUUUCUCCAUGCCUCUCAGUUUUCACCAGAGGAGGUGCGGGACACAUACAAUAUCGCGCAAGUGCGGAUACAUGUUGAACGAAUGAUUCAGAGGAUCAAAAUCUAUAACAUCUUGAACAACAAGGUACCAACCGAGCUUAUCCCAUGUAUGAAUGAUGUCUUUCAUGUCUGCUGCGUGCUAGCUAACCUGCAGCUCCCAAUAAUUAAGCACAAAGAACAGCCACAGUCAUCUGCCAUAUCCGCAUCAUGAGCUAUUCACUGGCCUCACUCAGGGUUACAUGAAACAAAACUAACGAUAGUUAGGGGGGAGCCUCAGUCCGCUAUCCAAUGUUUCAACAAGAGUACUUGCCUUGAUCUAAACUCACUGGGGUUGCAAAGGUCAUCUUGUUGAGAUGUUAGCUGGCAGACGGAGCCUUCUAACAUUUUUUUCCCAUGUUGCUCAGGUUUUGUCUGCUGUUUGUCUGCCAUUGGUGCUCACUUUAGAUUAUUUGUUUUUUUUUUGUUGGUGAUCAAUGUCCUGAAGCAACUUUAGCUAUCAAAAACAACAUAACAGAGGGCUUUGGGAAAAUGUCACCCAUGUGGGGAGCACAUAGAUACGUCUUGCAUUUCACCUCCAUCAGUAUACUGUAUUCGUGGCUGGGGUCAGAUUAUUGGUUCGGACAUGCCUCUGAAUAUUUAGUAUUUAUGGUUUACGGCUUAUGGGGUUUAACAUCCCAAAAAGACUCGGGCUAUGAAAGAUGCCGUAGUGGAGGGCUCCGGAUAAUUUCGAGCACCUGGCGUUCUUUAACGUGCACGCCUAGAAAUGUGGUACCUCAUGGAUGUUGGUAUCCACACUUUUUUGCAGUGUUAUCAUGAACUGCUCAAUGUUCAAAGCCUUUGCUUCAUGGUUGGCCAUUAGUACAUAUAUGUAGUUCUUUCCAGGCCUCAUACAUGUAUUUCAACAUUAAUGCAUCCCACAUAUCUGCGUAGUGCGGGGCAGUAAUGCUUUCUUGUUACAUCAUCAAAUGUACCACAAAAUACAUGCCGCCCCGCCUUAUGUUCUCAUAGCAAGCUAUAAAUCGUUUCACUGUAUUUUGCUUAACUGAACUGCUGGUAGGUCAUGUGAAAGUUGCUUUGCAUUCAGCUAUUGCCCAUUAUGAACCACAACACUAGUGCAGACAACUGGGUCAAGGAAUGUAGCUUUGUGGCAUGUGACAGUGAAUACUGGCAGAUUUUUUUUUCUUGUCAAUUUGUGUUCAUGCAUUUGAAUUUUGCUUUUUGUACAUUGUGCGCAAUGGAGUGUUCAUACUUUUUUUGCUUGUAUUAUAUUGUAUAUGUUUGCACGUAUACAUUUCAAUUAUAUGUUUUGUACAUAUAACUAGAAUACCGGAGUGCAAACUUAAGUAAUGCUUGAGCUUCGCAAAGUGUCACAUGGGGGAUAUCUGUGCAACACGCAUGCAUGAAGCCAGGAAACUGUGGCACCUCCCAGCACUUCUGCACCUGCUCACUAGUUUAUGUGUAUCAGUCAUGUGUUGUAGCUAGAAAUGGACGACUCUGUACUAGUGUGUGGUGGUUUAUUUGUGUUUGCGUUGUCCUUAUAUUUGAUAUAAAUUCAUAGUAUCCUGCUCUUGAUAAAAAUGCCUUUUUGCCUGUUUCAAGCAGUUCUUUGCGAUUCCACUACUGUAGAAUACAGCUAAAUAGCUGCGAAAAGCAUGCUGUUCUAUUCAUGUAUUUAGUGCAACUGCUUAUGUUACCUUCACAUGAAGUGGGAGAAGUGGUACACAAUGGUCAUGUUUUUCAACUCCCUAAUUGUUUUCUACCAUUGUCAACUAUGUAUAAAUAAAUCUGACAUUGAAUGUUGCACACCAGGAGUACAAAAUGUGAACUGUUUUCUUCCAUUACGUGUGGCAAGCAAAGUGGCAC